CAAAUGUGAACUUCAGAGGGGCAAAUUACAUCGAUCAAGGUUUGAAGAUUCUGGCAUUCUUCAUGAAGUCUUUUCUGAUGGCACUCCUCAGCACAGUGGUUUUAAGGACAGCUAUGAAGAAACCAGAUAAAACAUCCUCCAUGCGGAUCAGAAUUUGAUUUCUGUUAUACACAUCUAACAGCUGUGACAUAUGUACAGUUGGCAUGCAAACUGGAGCAAUGACCCAGAAAAAGGUCUAGUUCUAAAGGUGCAGUUUCUCCAAAGGCAUUUAUAAGAGGUGGGCAUUGCCUCCUCUGAAUUCACCUGAAAGAUGAGUGAUGGCACAUGGAUCACACUUAGUCCAGCAGAGUUUGCUCAGCUCCAGCAGUAUUCUGAGUAUUCCACAAAGAAAUUGAAAGAUGUUUUGGAAGAGUUCCAUGGGGAUGGUGUCCUAUCAAAAUAUAAUCCAGAACAGAAACAAGACACUCUAAACCAACCUAUUGACUAUGAAGGAUUCCAGCUCUUCAUGAGAACAUAUCUAGAGGUAGAUAUUCCUGAGGAGCUCUGCCAACACCUCUUCCUGUCUUUUAAAAGAAAAAUUUGCCAAUAUUCCCCAGAAAGCCAGCGGCAAAGUUCCAGCGUUCCACAGCUCAGCAAUCUUGAGUCCAAGACUAUUGAUACAGGCAUCUCCAUCCAGACUGAAGUUGCUUGUGCUCCUGUUACAGGGAUCAAUGGGAAAACUCUGCUCAGCACCAUGGGAAGGCACACACCUGAAUCCAAGAGCUCCCAGGGAAACCUGGCAGAGCAGCAAACAGCCUCCUUAAGUCCCACUCCAACCAAUGCCAAUGCCCUUGGGAACGCUUCACCAAGCUGGUCCAGGUCAUCAUCACAGAAAUCCACUGCUGGUACCCCUUCUGCUCACAAUUCCUCAGGGUCCUCCAAGAUUUCCUCAGGUUCUCUUCUAAGCCCACAGUCCCCAGGCUCCAGAAGCUUGGAGAAGAAAUUGCCAUUCAACCUUCGAAAGAGCCACAUCUCCCUGAAAACAGCCAGUCCACACCCACCAGCCCCGUCAUUGGCUCAGGUAGUCUACCUGAAGGACAUUGUCUGCUACCUGUCACUGCUGGAAAGGGGACGGGCUGAGGAUAAGCUGGAGUUUAUGUUUCGGCUGUAUGAUACAGAUGGCAAUGGCCUCCUGGACAGCUCGGAGCUGGAUCGUAUUAUCAAUCAGAUGGUUCAUGUUGCAGAAUACUUGGAGUGGGACUCCACUGAACUAAGACCGAUCUUGAAAGAGAUGAUGGAAGAAAUAGACUAUGAUCAUGAUGGAACUGUGACAUUGGAAGAGUGGAUUAGGGGUGGUAUGACCACCAUCCCCCUGCUAGUUUUGCUGGGCAUGGAAACAAAUGUCAAGGAUGAUGGGCAGCACGCCUGGAGACUGAAGCACUUCAAGAAGCCUGCCUACUGCAACUUUUGUCGCACAAUGCUGCUUGGUGUCCGGAAACAAGGCUUGUGCUGCUCCUUUUGUAAAUACACAGUCCAUGAAAGAUGUGUGUCAAAAGACAUUGCCCCCUGUAUCAGCACUUACGUGAAAUCCAAGAGAAACACAAAUGUUAUGCAGCACACAUGGAUUGAAGGGAACUCCCCAGCCAAGUGUGAUCGAUGUCAUAAAAGCAUCAAAUGCUAUCAGGGCAUUACCGGAUUACAUUGCGCAUGGUGCCAAAUCACACUUCACAACAAAUGUGCUUCUCAUGUGAAACCUGAGUGUGAUGGCGGGCAGCUGAAGGACCACAUCUUACUGCCUUCCAACAUCUGUCCAGUGGUUCUGGAUAGGCAAUCCCACCCAAGAAGAUCCGACAGUGAAUCACCAUCCAGCACUACUCCAGAUGACACAACCCUGACCUUCAGAUACAACACCACCACAUUGGAUGGACAUGGACUGCAGAUCACCCCUAACCCUGGAACACAUCCACUGUUGGUGUUUGUGAACCCCAAGAGUGGAGGGAGGCAAGGAGAAAGGGUUCAUCGAAAGUUUCAUUACUUACUCAACCCCAGACAAGUUUACAACCUGGACCGAGGGGGACCUACUCCUGGAUUAAACUUUUUCCGUGAUGCCCCAGACUUCCGUAUUCUGGCUUGUGGAGGUGAUGGGACUGUUGGGUGGAUCCUGGACUGCAUAGAUAAGCUAAAUUUAGCCAAGCACCCUCCUGUAGCUAUCCUGCCCCUGGGGACAGGCAAUGACCUUGCUCGCUGUCUACGAUGGGGAGGAGGUUAUGAAGGCGGCAAUUUAAUUAAAGUUCUGAAGGACAUUGAACACAGUAUCGAGGUCAUGCUGGAUCGAUGGCAAAUUGAUGUCAUCCCCAAUGACAAGGAGGAGAAUGGGGACCCCGUACCAUACAGUAUCAUCAACAACUAUUUCUCCAUAGGAGUGGAUGCAUCCAUUGCACACAGAUUCCACAUGAUGAGGGAAAAACAUCCUGAAAAGUUCAACAGCAGAAUGAAGAAUAAGCUAUGGUAUUUUGAAUUCGGCACAACAGAAACCUUUGCUGCCACCUGCAAGAAGCUCCAUGAUUAUGUGGAGAUUGAGUGUGAUGGAACAGUUCUGGAUCUGAGUAGCACUUCAUUGGAAGGCAUUGCUGUCCUCAACAUUCCCAGUAUGUAUGGAGGCUCCAACCUCUGGGGGGAAACCAAGAAGCAACGCAGCCUUAACCGGAUGAGCAAGAAAGCACCAGACAAGUUACAGUCUUCAGUGGUUAUUGAUGCCAAGGAGCUCAAAUUCUGUGUUCAAGAUCUCAGCGAUCAGCUCCUAGAAGUUGUGGGUCUUGAAGGAGCAAUGGAGAUGGGGCAGAUCUAUACUGGGUUGAAAAGUGCUGGCAAGAGGCUGGCCCAGUGUUCUUCUGUCACCAUCAGAACAUCCAAGUUGUUGCCCAUGCAGGUGGAUGGAGAGCCCUGGAUGCAGCCACCUUGCACAAUUAAAAUUACCCACAAAAGCCAAGUGCCAAUGUUGCUAGGGCCUCCCCAAAAGAGCAGCUUCUUCUUCCUGAGGAGGAGAAACCGAACCCGAGACUAAUCUGCAACCAGGCAAAGAACAAUCUUCAGAUGCAGCAAUUUCUCCAUUCCAGCCCAGCAGGGAAACCGUAUGGAAAAGAAAAUCUUUGUCCCUUCAGAUUUCCUGGCUUCCAAAACUGCUUUGGAAACAUCAGUCUGGUGGAGGCAGUGUUGUGAACUCUUAGUGGAAAAUAACAGGGUUGGCCUUCGGCAGCUGAACUGAAAUAGCGUUGUGGGUUUGUAUAUACAUGCACACAUAGCCACAUUCCCUAAAUAUCACUGGCAGGGAUAACACUAACAUUGAUGGUUUGCAAGGAUUUUGCUCCUUCCACAGUGCCACACCAUCCAAGGAGGGGAAACUCUCUCAAUUGCUCUGGUUGGCCUGUAGUGAAAGCUGGGACUCUUCUGAGGAGAGCUGUUCUGGGCAACCAUGAAUUACACCCAGCCCUGUCAGAAAGCAAACAAACAGGCAUGGAAACAGCAUGUCUGACGUAGCCCUGCAGGUGGGAUGUGGGAGCUUUUUCUAUUUUAUCCAGACUCCGUAGAACCCCGGAAGUUCCUGUCAAAACAUCAAACCUGGCAAGAAGUCGAGCUUUGCUUAUUUAUUUAUUAUUAUUAUUUAUUUUCAAAAGUAUGUCAGAAGACAUUUGGCAUCUCACUGGACUGCUUUUCAUGGUUGCCAAACCUGACACGUUAUUAGAAUGUUAUUUAUUUUUCUUAGUCUAGAAAACACAGAGGGGGAAGAGAAAAGGGAAAGAGAAAACAAAUCCUCCCCCCAUGUACACACACAUCCCAGACCCCAGUGACUACGGAGCCCAGUUUUUACAAGAACGAUAUCCUUUGCUAGCUUUUAAUACAGAACAGAAAAGCAAAGGUGGUUAGGCAUUCCAUUUCAGAAGUUCAUGAAUGCAGAAAGCUAUUAAUGCCAAAAGAAAAACAAAGAGUGAGGUCUACAGUAAAAAAGGCUUAAGCCUCCCCGCCCCCCUUUUUUUUGGAAGUAGAAAGCAAACUCAGGGUAUGUUAAUCAACCAUAGUUAAGCAUGAUGGCAACCUCAACAAAUCUGGGAAUACUUUAAAAAUAUAUGAUCUUUGGUAUAGUAUUGGUGAGUGUCCAGGAAAGAAAUAUACCAUUGUAGGCCAUGGAAACCCACCUCAGCCUCAGAGGAAGGCAAGGACAACACACACACACACACACACACACAAAUUAUAGCAAGAAAACCCCUUCACCUUCGGGUGGCCAUAAGUCAGAAAUGAUUUGAAGACACACAACAACAACAAAUAUGAUUUGGGAAAAUAUUGGCAAAAUCUGAUGGUUUCCCACAUCAGAUAGCCAGAGAAGCAGUGGUACAGUAUGGAUCUGUUAAUAUUUUUGUACUCUCUUUCCACUUUGGUGGGGAUUUCCCUCCUUUUUCUUUAGUAUGAACACAUUUAAUAUACCUGAAACUUUUUUUCCCCUGGCAGCUUCAAUUAAGCAUGAGCUCCUCCUCCAAUCUCUCUGUCUCUCAUCAUGGGACUGGUUUAAUCCACUGGUAAAUGAUGCAGGUCAAAUGUUGAUGUGUUACAAUAUGCAGCAAAGGUUUCAUUCAAAACCAAAUGCAAAUUCUAUGGCAGGUAUUUGAAUACCAUUGAGUACCAACUUGCGCUCAUUAUGAAAUUUAAUCAAACUCAGAGGUCAAACUAAAGCAGCAGAAUAAUCACACAGUGUUUUAAAGACCAGCAAUUGAGCAACAAAAAACUUAAACAGGUAAAUUAAAACAAAGUACCCAAAGCAUGAGAUGUUGUAGCUAUAUACACCAUCUUCAGUAAUGUGUAUCACCAAAAUAUCUUAGUUUUGAAUUUGUUCUUUGUUUUAAAUUAUCAAUUCUUUCUUUUUUUGUACAUCUGGUUGGCGGUCACUACACUGUGUGAUUGUUCAGAAGAUUGGAAAUAUGUGCAGUGUAUUGCCAACAGAUGGAUUUAUUAGAGAUUAGAACUCUGAGCCUACAAUUCAAGGCUGUAGUCCUGUACAUUCUUACCUGAGGACAAGUUGUUUUGAUCUCAAUAGAAUUGAUUUCUGGGGGUAUUCACUUACAGGGUUGCCAUGCAUACAGCUCACAAAUGCAGUAGGUUAAAAUGGUUUCUUUCAGUUAGGAAAUAAAUACCUGCUCACCUGGGAUUUUUCCAUUCUCUAGCACUUAUUUAACUUCAUGGGGUAUUGGUCAUAUUUUGGCCAAAAACACAGUACAGCAAGAACUGCUAUCCCAAACCUUGUUGGGUUUAGAUCCACAGCAUCUGUCUUGCUGUCAUCACGGAUUUUUGUUCAAGAGACACUGGGAGUUAGAAUCAGUAAACAGUUUGAAUGGGACUGUUCUUCAGAAUACAGCAACAAUUGGCAAAUAGACUUAUGAAUGAGGUUAUUGAUGACAUCAAUGGAAAUGAAUUUGAGCCAUAAGAGGACAUUCAUCAUGUAAGGUGCUUGUUUUGAAGCUUGGUUCUUUCUUCUUUGCUGCUCAGGGUCAACAAGUAUGUCCUGCUCACCUUUAUCCACAGAGAAAUAAGGAAAUAUUCACUUACUCUUCUUAUUGGGUGACACCAAAACUGUGCAAUAGGCUCUUUUCUUUAUAUCCAUGACAAAGAGGGGAAAGUUUCUGGCUUAUUCUUUAAAAGCUUGGGGAAAACUAAUGGCACAAACCCAUCUACAAAGCCUAUUUAUUUAACUGCUUAAAUAAGAGGAUAGAGAAAUGUUCUCAGUUAAUGUAAUUCUUUCUAAAUGAUGUCAUUUGACUUCAGCUAGAAAGAAAACCAUCUAACAUCUGAAUAAGCCAGGAAAUCUGGUGGAGACCUUGGCAUCCAUGACAACAUAACUAUAUCUUUCAUAGAUAGCCUAUAUUGCAAUCAUAAACUCCGCAUUGCUGAAGUGUUUCAGCUGGGACCUAUUCAAAGGUUGGUAUUUAUGUGACAGAACACUGACGGUUCUGCAAAAGAUGCAUUAUAGAACAAACUGUAAUGGUGAUGCAGUUGAGCUUGUACGUUUGGAUAUUUGGGGAUUUCUCCAGAAAGGAAACUGUUGGCCUCAAGAGUGUCUGAAACCUCUCACUGUUUUAUGCUGUGGGGCUCUUCCACAGCAGUGUUCACAGAGAAACUGUUUGUACCAGGGAUGGUGAAUGUAUGACUCUCAAGACGUUGUUGGAAUGCAACUCCCAUGGCCUCUUGCAAUUUGCUCUUCUGGCUAGAGCUCAUGCAAAUUGUAGCCCAAAAGCAUCUUGAGGGCCACUCUGAGCAAACCAUAUUGCCAUGUGCUGCUUUUUACUGCAUGUACCAGAAGAUAGCCCAUUUGCUAUUAGCUUCAUUCGUGUGCCAGCUUCUCAACUGCCCUGCUCUCUUUUCCAAAGCUCCCUUCCUGCCAUGUUCACCUGUCCAAUAAUCUUUGCUUCUAUGGAUCUUCCAUUACUCACCUGUAUUUUGCUUAUUUUCAGUUUUGGUUCUUAACCUAAAUGAACAAAAGAUCCUUGAUUCAGGUACAGCUUGUAUUCUUUUUCUCAAAUAUACUGUUUUCAAAUAUAUUGAUUAGCUUUUUGGUUUUGGUUUGGUUGUUUGCAUGUACGAUAAAUAACAAAGAAGAAGAAUUUCCUCAGAAGCCUCAGACUUUGGGUUGCCAGGCCAGGUGGGGAUAGCUCACUAGGACCUCUGGUCCCCUUUGGGAGUUCUAAAACAGCUUCAACCAGAUCUUAGCCAUUUAUCAAUUCUAUGAGAAAGCAAAAAAGAGGUAGUGUUUAGGUACUAGAUAUUUCAAAACCCUAGAAUAGUUUCUUAUGGUUUUUAUAACAAAUGGAAACAUAACAUACCCACCAACUGUCCCAGUUUGGCAGGGACAGUCUUGAUUAAUUCUUGGUUGUUUUACUCCUUCAGCUCUUUUAAAAUGUACCAGUUUCUCUCCCCUGCUCCAAUUUCCCCCCUUUGUCUUCAGU